CAGGCAAAACCGACCAAUUUUCAGUAUUAUUUUGACGUUUUUAUCCAUAACAAGAAAUAUUCAUUAUUCUUUCUUCUUUACUCGUCUUUUUUCUCUUUUUUCAUUUCAGAAAAAGCGGAGAUUGUAGUUGUAAAAGAUCUUCUUUCGUUACCAAACCCUAAAAAAAGGCCUGAAAUCUCUGCUGAUUUGAUCCCAUUUGACACAAAUCUUUAAUUUUUGUUCUGCUAGAUUUCUUCCCCCUAUCAAUUAGGGUUCGUUGUUUUUCAGUUGAAUUGUCUUCACUUCCAGGUCCAGGUCCAGGUCCAGGUCAGGUCAGGUCAGGUCAGUUGUCUUUUCGUAAUUAUUUAGUUGUGAGAGUUUGGGGUGAGAAAAUGACGAAUCGAAUGAAAGAGGAAGAGAAAAAUGAGAGGAUAAUUCGAGGUCUGUUGAAACUUACACCGAAUCGAAGGUGUAUUAAUUGUAAUAGUUUGGGACCACAGUAUGUUUGCACCAAUUUCUGGACCUUUAUAUGCACAAACUGUAGCGGGUUACAUCGGGAGUUCACUCAUCGUGUCAAAUCAGUAUCUAUGGCUAAAUUUACUUCACAAGAAGUUAGUGCACUACAAGCAGGAGGAAAUGAGCGCGCCAAAGAAAUUUAUUUGAAAGAAUGGGACUCAGCGCGUCAGACCCUGCCGGAUAGCAGUAAUCCUUUAAAAGUUAGAGACUUCAUCAAGCAUGUUUACGUAGAUAAAAGAUACACUGGUGAGAGGAGUAUUGACAAGCCUCCAAGGGCAAAAUCGGGUGAUAAGGAGGAUUCUUACGAAAACAGGAGGGUUGAUACAUAUAGGAGUGGUUCAAGGAGUCCUCCCUCUGAGAACUCAUAUGAUCACCAUGGUGGAAGAUCUGGUCAUGCUGGACAAAAUGAUGACAGAAAUUCCAGAUACAGUUACGAGGAAAGAAGAAGUCCGGGAUAUGGUCAAGAUAGUCGGUAUGGUGAUAACAAGAGAAGUCCUGGCCGUGUUGAGGUGGUAGAUGAUUGGCGUCGGGAGGAUAGAUUUGGAAAUGGUAGGAGAUCUGAAGACCGCAGAUCUUCUGACGGGGAAUCAAAGUCGGAAGGAAGAUCCCCAAACAAUCAGACGGACUUCGGUAUUUCCAGUCCUCCUGUGGUGCGUCCUGUUAGAGACAUUUUGGGAGAGGAUGCUCCACCACUUCGUAUAGGUGAACCCCCUAAAGCAAAUGGUAGCAAGGUUGCUGAUGUUCCUCUACCACUUCGUAUAGCUGAACCCCCUAAAGCCAAUGAUAGCAAGGUGGCUGAUGUUCCUCCACAUACGCAGAGGACUGCUUCUUCCAGUAGCCUGGGAUCGAUUGAUGCCAAUUUAGGAAGCUUGAUUGAUUUUGAUGCUGAUCCUGAGCCUUGUAUUGCCCCUUCUUCACAACCAACAAUAACACCUUCUACUCAAUCUAUUAUACCACCUGCAACUAAUCCAUCCACAGAUGCUGGUAACUGGGCCUCGUUUGAUUUUGUGGGGCAAAAUUCGGUCCUGGCUCCUGGUCCGUCUCCAUCAAAUGUGAAUAAUCUAGGUUCUGUUCUGUCAGGAUUGUCAUUCCCUGCAACAGCACCUCUAAGCAACGUGUCUGCGUUUCCAACUACUGGUAGUGCCCCAACAGCUUCACCAAUAGACAACGCAUUCACGUUAUCCACCAGUAGUAGUAGUGGUGCUUCAGUAGUUGCACCUGUAGGUCAGUGGCCAAACAACAUGCAGCAGCACUUCACUCCUUCUGUUGGUGGGACUCCAAACAAUCAGAUGUGGAAUUCAGUGUCACAAGUUUCACAAGGACCAUUAUCUACCAGUGGUCAACCAUCUUCCAUACCGACUCAAGAAGUAAGUGGUGGAAUUGCAUCUCAGCCUAACCCAUUGGAAGCAAAACAUAGUGGAAGAGAAGCACUUCCCGAGGACCUUUUUGCUUCAGCUUAUUCAUCGUAUCCUGUACAAAAUACGGGAUGGCAUGCUGGUCCAUCUCACAGCAUGGGCUUUGGAAUGCAGUAUCCUGCAGCAGGGUUACAGCAAAUGCCAGCAUAUCCUCAAACUGCAAGAGCGUCAAACCCAUUUGAUAUCAACCACGAACAGCCAACUAUUGUUCAUGCUGCUUCGUUUCCAAACAUGGCAUCUUUGCAAGGUGCGUUGCCAAAUGUAGCAGCUUCUCCUGGCUUGUCACGUGCUUCUAGCGUCGGUUCAUGGAUGCCUCAGCAAGCACAACCUUAUGCAUCAGCAAUGCAAACACCGCCAUCCUAUGCAGGGGGAGUCCCCCAAGGUGCAUUCAUGGGUCAACAGUUACCUCCCAGUAACGCGCCUGCUUCCGGGCAUCAAGGAAUUGGAGGUUUUGGUGGCGAGGGAUCCUUUUUCGGUGCAUCUAAUAUGGAUCAGCAGUUGGAUAGUAGAUAUUCUCAACCUCCCGCUCAGACAUCCUUUACUUCUCAUGGAGGAAACCCAUUUGGAUAAUUUCAAGGGAAUAGCUAUCUGAUUCCAUUUUAGAGUCGUAUCCAUUUUGGUCUGGUGGCUAUCGGUUUGGACUGUUCCUGGUUUUAAGAUCAGGGUGACAUUAGUCCAGCCGAAUAGUGAAGGAAAUAUUGAGGAUGCUGGUAUUUGGCCAAGGUGAGGUUUGAAAUUUAAGACGGCUGUGUAAAAUUAGUGUGGGAAUUGAAGUUAAUACAAGAGAGUCAGUCAGAUGGGGGAUUCAUGGGGAAAGAAAAACUACAUAUAUAUAAGUUAUACUGAAAUUGUCAUUGUAGAGUUUGAGUUAUGCCCCCGUGAUCAUGUUCACUGUAAAUGUUUUUUAUUUCUUUGUAAUUUCUAUGCCAUUUUGCUGUUUGUAUCCUUUGUAUCAGUCCAUCUCAUGUUGUCAUUUUAUUAGGACUUUGUAAACUCUCGGGAGUACGAUUGGUUUCCUUUCAGUGUGUUGGGUUCCUCUUUUUUGCUGCAGUCACAGAAGUGGAGUUUGUAUUGUCAUGAUUAUUAGUUUCUCACCGGUCUAUUUC